AAAGAUUCGUUCACGAAUCGAACCUCGUUAGUAUGAAAUAAAUGAAGUUUUUUUUUUUGGUCGGUCUGAGUUUAAACAAGACGAAAAGAUUGGUUGAAAGUGGUGUGGCUGUGGUCCGACAGCUGUGAGCUCCCCCUUCACACCCUACUUUCCCAAAUAGAAGGCUUCUCACGGCGAGUUCCCCAGCCACGCAGCCAAAUUUGGCUCCCCAUUUCAAUCCCUUGGGCAGAGGCUGAAUCAACUAAAACAACACAAUCUAAUUCCAGUCGGUGUAGUGGCUUUUUACAACUCAGAGACGCGCUAUUUCCCAGCUCCGCGUGUCUUGACGGUGUCAGAUCUAUAAAUGGAGAUUGCUCAGUGUACAGGCUUGUGUAUUAUAAACAACAUUUCUCCAAAUUAAAACUGACUCAUAGUCUAAUACCUACACGUGGAAUUUGUAGUGGGCCUAUUGCUCCAAAACAGCGAUGGCUUUCUUGACAAGCGUUAUCAGAGAAGGUUCAUGUUGAAGGCAACAAGUUUGGAGAUCGUUUUUUGGAGGAUAACGCACUUUGAAAACAGCUCUUUCAUUGUUUAGAAGGUUAUGUAUCAAACCAUUAAAUUAUGUAGGCCUACUAAAACCAUAAGUAAUAACUGUCAUGACAUCAUCCUUUCAGGAUAUGAAUUCUACAAGGACAACUCCACCUCUAUGGGAGUUUGUCACGAGUAGAAGAACUGAACCUCCUCCUAAUACCCCUUCAAUUAAGCUGGAGGGAGGACGCAGAAAGGAGAGAAGGGGACAGAUAGACGGAGGCGCGGUACCAGGGCGCUUGGAAAAAUAAGGAUCAGACUGAUACGCUUCACUGAGGCAUGCGUUUUGCGUAAGGCAGCAUCUUCAGGAGGAUUCCGCUCAAGUGCCCCUUUUGUUCUGAAAGAAGUUUAAUAAAGAAGUGGUUUGUGACAUAUCGAUUACUAUGGGCUCCAAAAGGCACCGUUCAAAGACUUCAGCGUCUUCUCACAACCCGAGCUGCUCUCCAAUGGGACUUUCACUGUUGAUUCUUCUACCUUUGUCUGUUGCCUUCAACUUGGAUGUGGAGAACCCAGCGGUGUAUACUGGACCCAACGGUAGUUACUUCGGGUACUCGGUGGACUUUUACAUGACUGAAUCAAGUGUGAGUAUUAUAGUUGGAGCACCCAAAGCCAACACCAGCCAGCCCAACAUCAGAGAAGGAGGAUCAGUCUUCUACUGUCCAUGGAGCCUCAGCCAAUCACAAUGUAGUAGCAUAGAGUUCGAUAUACAGGGAGAUCUAAACAUUACAGUGAAUGAAGCAGUACAUCAGGGAGAGUUCAAAUCCCAUCAGUGGUUUGGAGCAACGGUACGAGUGCACGAAGAUAGUGUGCUGGCUUGUGCCCCCCUCUACUCCUGGAGAGCCAUGGAGGACAAGCCUCAUGCUGAUACUACUGGCUCGUGUUUUCUGUCCGUCAAAAACUUCACUAAGUUUGUGGAAUAUGCUCCGUGCCGCACAGAAUUCCGUGGAAGAAAAGGACAAGGCUACUGUCAAGGUGGAUUCAGUGCUGAUUUUACACAGGAAGGAAAGGUGGUGCUUGGAGGACCUGGCAGUUACUUCUGGCAAGGCCAAGUGAUCACUGCAGUUAAACAAGAAAUAGUAAAAGCCUAUUACCCAGGAUUCUUCUUGACCUCAGUGGAAGGCCAGAUUCAGACCAAACAGAAAAAAGAGAUCACAUUUGAUGACACCUACAUGGGUUACUCAGUGGCUGUCGGCGAGUUCAGUGGUGAUGAUGAUGAAGACUUUGUGACUGGAGUUCCCAGGGGAGUCAGACUGCAUGGACAGGUUUCAAUUCUCAAUGGUUCUCUGGAUAUGCUGAAGACCUUCACUGGUGAGCAGAUGGGUUCCUACUAUGGCUAUGCUGUGGCUGCCACUGACAUAAACAAUGAUGGGAUGAUGGACCUGCUGGUUGGCGCUCCCAUGUUCAUGGUUCGUGAUUCUGAUGGGAGGUUGGAGGAGUUGGGUCGGGUCUAUGUGUACAUGCAGAACGGACCUCUGGAUCUCACACCUCAGCUACCUCAUCUCACCGGCACGCACACGUUUGGCCGGUUUGGCAGCUCCAUUACCCCUCUCGGAGACCUCAACCAAGAUGGUUACAACGACGUGGCCAUCAGUUGUCCGUUUGGUGGGGAAAACAAACAAGGACUGGUGCUCAUCUAUAAUGGACAUGCUGCAGGACUCAGGGAAAAGCCCUCUCAGGUGAUCGCUGGCCAAUGGGCUUCUGCCGCACCGUCAGCUCUACCUGCCAGUUUUGGUUACGCCCUUCGUGGAGGCAAAGACCUGGAUAAUAAUGGCUACCCAGAUCUUAUUGUUGGUGCAUUUGGUGCAAACACUGCCGUUCUUUACAGGUCUCGUCCUAUUGUGAACACUAGUGCCACCUUGACUGUCUAUCCAACUAUGAUAAAUCCUGAGGAGAAAGUUUGCACCAUAAGCCGUGGGAACGAAACCCUGCAAGUGUCCUGUGUCAACCUGAGCUUUUGCCUCUCAGCCAAUGGGAAGCACCUACCAAAUCAUCUCGAGUUUAACGUUGAAGUUCAGCUGGAUCGGCUGAAGCAGCAGCAGAAGGGGGCCGUACGGAGAGCUCUGUUUUUAGACACCCAGCUUCCUGCUCUGCAGAGGACUCUGAUUGUGCCAAAUGGAGCCAGAGUCUGCAGUGACACCAAGAUCUUCUUGCGGGAUGAGAAGGACUUCAGGGAUAAGCUGUCGCCCAUCUUCGUUGCGCUCAACUUCAGCCUGAACCCUCAAUCCGCGGCAGACAGAUACGGCCUGCGGCCCAUCCUCAACUACCAGACAGCGGAGCUCAUCGAACAGAAAGCCCAGAUUUUAUUGGACUGCGGAGAGGACAACAUCUGCGUCCCUGACCUGAAACUCUCUGUGCACGGGGACAGGAAGGAAGUGUACAUGGGCGAUGACAACUCUCUGACCCUGACUUUCAACGCAAAGAACGAUGGAGGCGGAGCUUACGAAGCCGAGCUGUAUGUGGUCUUGCCACCAGAGGCCGACUACAGCGGAAUAGCCCGCAAUAACGAGAGCCUGACCCAACUGACCUGCAGUUAUGAGACGGAAAAUCAGACCCGUUACCUCAGCUGUGACCUGGGCAACCCCAUGAAAUCAGGCACUAGCUUAUGGGCCGGACUGAGAUUCACAGUACCACGUCUGAAGGACACACACAAAUUUGUGCAGUUUGACCUGCAGAUCCGUAGUAAGAAUGAGAAUAACUCCCAGAGUGAAGUUGUCCCUUACAAGUUGGAGGUGGUGGUCCAGUCAGAUGUUAUUCUACAGGGUGUCUCCCGACCAGACAAGGUCUUCUUUCCCCCACCGAACUGGAAGUUGACCAAGAAUGUGAUGGUUGAACAGGAUGUCGGACCCUCCGUGCAGCACACUUACGAGUUGGUGAACAACGGGCCGAGCCGCAUCAGUCACACUCUACUGCAGCUCAAAUGCCCCAUGAGGCUUCAAAGUAACAGGUUCAUUUACCCGCUGGAGGUCACGACGGAGGGCCCUGUUAACUGCACCACCCACAACAUAGUCAACCCCUUAAACCUCAAGCUCCAGCAGUCUUCUACAGAGCAGCCUCCUUUACGAGACGCGGCGCACGAACACCACAUCGAGAAGAGGGAAACGCACAAGGGCGAGCUGUCUCAGCUGACCAAUCUGUCUUGCUCCAGUGUGGAUUGCUGGACUCUAACAUGUAACAUUGGCCUGCUGGAGCGAGGGACUAGUGCCAUACUGCAUGUUCGCUCGCGAAUCUGGGCAGAAACGUUCAUGGAGAAUCCUUAUAAAUACUUUGUUCUGGAGUGCCUUGCUAGUUACAAAGUGGAAAAGAUGCCAUAUGCCAUUUUGCCCAAAGUGACUCCUAGUGGUGCUAAAAAGAUGGUCACUCCUGUGGUCUGGAAUAAGCCAGACAGUACGUAUGCUGUUCCUCUGUGGAUCAUCAUUCUGGCUAUUCUGGCCGGUCUUCUACUGCUCGCACUGCUGAUCUACGUCCUCUACAAGCUCGGCUUCUUCAAGAGAACUCCAUACGGCACGGCCAUGGAAAAAGCCCAGCUCAAACCUCAGGCUGCAUCCGAGGCCUAAACUCCACAAGAGAGCAUUCAGAAAACACGUCCCGGAGAAUGUUCUUAACCAGAGGCCAUCCAAAGAGAGCUUACUUGCUGUUUAAAAAAAAAAAAAAGACAAAAAAAAGACAAAAACUAGACUGCAGUAAAGGAAUACGGAGGAAAGAUCACUGGAUCUUCACUGUACUGCACUAGAUCAUGAGACCCUGAGGACUUAAAGCCAAAUGAAUGUUGACAUUGUUUAUUUUAUAUUAUUAUUUUUCCUUGAUGUGGGUUUCCAUUUUUAACCACCACUUAUAGCCUACCACUCACAAACAGAUCUUAACCAAAACUCAGGAUCACUUGCCUCACCUGGCAACCUGCUAAAGGAGAAAAUGAGACAAAAUCUACGGACACAAUCUGCACUAAUAAUAAGAGUAACAUUUAUUAUAUUUGAAUUUUUAACAAUUUCAUUUAGUUUUUUGGUCUUAGUCCGCAACUGCAGUGUAGUUUUUUACAUUUUUAACGUUAAACACACACACGUUUGCACCAAAAAAAAACCUUCUAUGCAGUAUUUCACAACCAACCAAAGAUAUUGAUACAGGUUUUGCUCAUUUAUUGUUUUGAAAGUGAGAAUGAGGUAGUUUGAUACCUCACCAUGGACCCUCAUCUCCAGUUUCCUGCUGUCUUUUUUUCUUUUUUCUUUUUAUGAAGAUGUUUUAAAUGUUGGAAUGGGUUUUCACUUCAAAUGAGAUGUUUUCAGCUCAGUCUCCUCUGUAUCUUCUGAAGGAAGCAAGCCAGGUUGGUUUCGUUCUCAGGUGAUGCCGCGGAAAGGAUCGAGUGACUCAUUUCCGCGGAAAACAUUGUCAGGAUCCUUCGCGGAAGGCGACCGUUCUUCCCUACUGAAUGUCAGCCAUUUCCGUCCUGUUAUCGUAGUAGUAACAAGCGACAACGUUGCCUUAAAAGUCAUCUGGGACUCAACUGGAUCCGCGCCGAGCCUGUGAAACCUCGCCGAUGCCUUGAAGCAGAGCUGUGCUUUGCCGUUACGCUAACAGACUCUUGGGCCAAAGAGCGGAAGGGUCGUCCCUCCAAACUUCUGUGGGUGAACGGAGAAUCACUGUGGACUUGGAAGGAAAUUUGAAAGCAAACCUCUUCCAAGGCAGCAGGCCUCAUCCAGGGACUGAAUGUUGAAAAACACCUGUAUACUUGGUUUUGUCUUUUUUUUUUUUGUAUGCGUGUCUCUGUGAUAAUCUGCUUGUGUGCAUUUGGAUGCAAGUUUUUUUUUUUUUUUGGUUUUAUGGAGCGCCACAGUCAGUGUAGAAAUGCCUCCGUACAUCAUGGUGCUGAAGUGGCCGAAUCAGACAGGAAGUAACUACAAUCACCCAUCGUGAAACUCCUGUUUCAGUGAGCCACCUAGAAAGGGAAAGCAGCUGGAACUGUGGAAUGUGUAGGAAAUCUGUAUGGAAGUGCAAUAUUGUUGUAUUUUAUUUUUUUUUUUCAACUUGUUUUGUCAUGUGCAUAUUAACACUAUAUUUUAGUGAAGUUCUCAGAAAUAAGGAGUAUUUGAAGACAACACCCAGUUUGAGGGUUGAAAUUAUCCCAGAUGUUCAGAUAAUUUAAAAGACAGUGUAAUGCUGUAGUCUAAAAAAAAAAUACAGAAAUGUGACUCAACUGCCUAAAAGGUCCAGAUUUUUAAUGAUAUAAAUUGUGAUUGUACCAACAAUUGUGGAAAGAUUGUGAUUUUACUAACCAAACCGGGUUGUUUGAAUUGAUACAAAACCAAAUAACUAACACACAGACUCCACUUGAAUCCUUAGUAAUGUUUUGAAUCUCUUUUGUACAUUAUCAAAAAUUAUUUAUGCCUCCAAAAGUUUGAUUUUUGUAUUUUAAGCGGGAGGAAACACUGGGUAUGUCUUCACUUUUUGUUUUUUUUUGUUUUUAAAAACUGCCCCAAAUCCCCGUUUAUGUUUUAAGUUGUACAUAUGUUUGGUGAGGAGAUUAUUUUAAUUUUCAGCUGAUACUGAUUUGACGUAUUUCAUCGCCCCAUAUUGGGGAGAAUCAGAGGGAUGUUCAAGUAAUUAUUUGUAUUUACAGUUUGCAUUUUAAAAUAAAUCACUUUCAGUUUUUUUACAACUUCUGGUUG